CGCUGAAAAACAAAAAAUUUAUAAAUUUUUUUAAUAACUAAUUUUUGUGUAAACAACGUAGUAAAUGUGAAAGCAGCUUGGCAAUGCCCAUAAUACUAUUGAGUAAAUCUGAUGAAGAAUAUCUGCAAAAAUGUGCCACACAAUUGAACUUUGCCUAUGGCAUCAUCAUUGGACAGAAAGCUGAGCCGGGCAAAUAUGUGAUUGUACAUUUGGCCAAAAAUGGCGAGGAGGAAAUUGAUUUUCCCGUGAUUAACCCUGACGAGGGUGCAGCAUCACAUGGUCCACAAAAAGUUGAAGAUAUUGAUUUGCAGGCCUUGUCAAAUCAAUGGUUAAGUGCAAAUAAAAUGAUUCCUGGUUCAUUUAAUAUCUUGGGUAUUUUUGUUACUGGCAUACAUAAGGAUCAUAUUGAUGAACAAUCUGAAGAAUUUAAAACUGCCAAAAGACUGUUUUAUGAUAUGCACAAUUUACUUAAUCAAUCCCAUCAAUUUAAAAGUACUGAUCCUGAAAAUACUGACUACAUAUAUUUGGCCUAUUCUAGUGCCUCAAAAAAAGCCAUCUGUAAAAUGUACAACUAUGUAACAAAUGGCGGCUCAUUUUCUCCCAUGGACUGUCGUUUUGUGGAGAAACCCUUCGAAUGGCACACUUUUGAAAGCAGUUACGAACUCGAUGAUGUUUUUCCCAUUUUGGAUACGGACUCGGAGAAGAUUAACAUUGAAACACAAUUCCAGGGAACCAUUGAAACGGUACGCAAACAUUUGGCGGCCAGUGAAAUUUUUAUACAAAAUGAGAAUGUAGAAAAUAAUCAAAUACUGGAGAGUUAUGUCAAGCAAAAGCGUCAGGGUGGCGGCAAGUUUCAAACGAAUGUCGAUUGUUUUAAAGCCACCAUCUACUUACCUGUCAAGUGCCAAGCCCAUAAAGCAAUUAAUAAUCCUGUACAAGUGAAAGAGUUCAAUGGUACCAUACGUCUGCACGGCAUCAUUUCCUCAAGGGUGUGGUGUAAUCCCAAGACCACUCUGGGAGAUGUUAAACGUUUCAUACGCGAAGAUAUAUUACGUUCUCUAAUGGCCCGCAUACAAGUGUACUGUGAUGGUCUGACGGAACCCAACAUUAGCAGUGAUGCCAUUUUUAUAUCCGAACCUCCACGUAGAGUUUACUUCAAUGUGAACACCUCUGCUGCAGCCUCAUCAGCCACAAACAUCCAGUUCUCGGAGUAUAUAUUCCGCGGUGAAACACCUACAGUGGCGGCCGCCCAGGCUAAACAAAUACUCGAUUUGGAUAUAGCCACCUCUAGUAUAGUGGGCGAUGUGGAGAGUCUGCCCGAGGACGAUUCCUUUAGUGACAGCUCAUUUGAAUUGCAAACGGCCAAACAGCAACUCUUAAAGCUGGCUGAGGAGACCGCCAGUAAAAGAGAUCUUACACGCACCAUGUACAUGCUGGGAAUUUCGGUGGCUCUAUUGGUACUCGUCAUUUCCAUAGUCAUGCACUACUACUUCAAAUGAGUGUUUAAGGGCCUUUGGCGGCUCCCUACAAUACAUCACUUGUUUCAUAAGGACGUUUUGGCUUUAGUUGUUGGUAAAAAUGAGUGUAACACGUACGUUUCGUUUUUUAUUAAUAUUUAUUACGUUUUCUAACUGUAAUUUUAUACUUAAUGAUUGUACUUUGAUUUUUGUUUUGUAUUUUCCUUUUUAAAAUGUAUUUUUUUUUUGUAUUUUGUAUGUAAAUUUUCUUUUGUCUUUAUAUAAAAUGUAUUUAAAGAAAGAAAAAAAAAACGUUUGUUUAAACCGACAAAGAAAAAAAAUGUUUAAGCCAUUAUAUUGGUUUGGCAAAUAGUUAAACAAAAUAUUUAGAAUCUAGUUAAAUAAAAUGAGAAAAAAAACACAAAAAAAAA